AUGAAGAAAGAUUUGUCAAUUAUUAAAUUAAAUACAAUUAAUUUGAAUGAUUAAUAUAAUAUAAAUGAAUAACACUAAUUAAUUUAAAAAUAAAAAUUCACAAGAUUUGAGAAGACCAUUAUCUAAAAGAAUUUUGGAAGAUACAUACCAGAACAAGCUCGACCUUGUUCAGCAACUUAAAUAAAAUAAUUAACACAAGUGAAGAGUUCAACUUAAUUGAGCAAAUUAAAUUUUUAGUUAGUUUAAAGUCUAAAAAAAUGAAUAUGGAAAUAAAAUCUAGUUAAUAAGAGGACACAAAUAAGUAGGGAAAUACAAAGGAAAUUCUUGAAUAUAGAAAGUUAUAAGAUAAAUUAUCAUAUUUGGAAUAAAAGAUCAUAAAAUAUAAAAACUCAUAUUGAUAAUAGCUAAAGGUAAACAAAGUAAAGUUUGGCAUCAAGAUUUUUCAAUACUAAAAAAAUAAUGAAUAGUAAUAUCAAUAAUAGUAGAACAUAAAAAAAGCAAAAAUUAGUAAAAAUGAUGUUGAUUUAAACAAAAUGCAAAAUAAACUUAAAUCCAGUACUUUGGUGA